UCUGCCCUUUUCUUUCUUUCUUUCCCGUUGUUUAGUCACAAGUUGGCAGUCCACCCGUGGGAUCAGCAGACGCUUCCGUGCUUCUCGACAUCAUCGUUGUCUUUUUUUUUCUCUUCAAUCCCAUCACACACAACGCGCAGAGUCGAUCGUCACAGUCCACGACACGUUCCUGACCGGAUUGCCAAACAUCGUAAAAACAGCUGAAAGUGGUUAGCAACUAAAAAAGCUACAUCACAAAUAUGAACAAUAAUCUAACCGAAAAAUCUGCAUGUUUGAAUUUUUGAUUUUUCUCUGCAAGAAUAGAAUCAUCUUUUAUUUUUUCUUCUUCUUUGCUCAAUCAAAACACGUACGUAGAUAGAAAAUCCAAUGGCUUAUCAUCGUCGAACAGAAAGUUCUCCGACAUCAGCUGUCGCCGUCUGUAUAGCGCUGGUUGUAGCGCUGAUGUCGAGCGACGUAUGCAAAUCGCAGCCCAUUAAGAAGCCGCCAGUCAUAACUUACGCAGCCGGACCCAAUCAGCUGACCUUGCUGUUUCCCAACAGCGCAUUCCGAUUUGGAUACGAUACGGACAACCAAUUCCGAGCUGAGAGACGCUUCGCUAAUGGCACAGUGGCCGGCUAUUACGGCUACAUGAGGGCCGAUGGCAAUCCGGUGCGAGUCAAAUACGGAGACGUGGACAAUCUUGGUUUUUCAGCUAUCGAAGAAUUGAUUCCAGUCACGUUCCCGCCGACCACGACCGAAGCCAACACGGAGGAAGGCGGAAGUGGCUCGUUACCGACGGAAUUGCCCGCUGGUAGCCCGUCCGGUGAGCCGUUUCUCGUUAGCAACACGGAAGACAAGCUGGAAACGAUUUUGGUGUUACCUAAAUUGCCCGUCGUUGAUGACGAAAAGGAAUCCGUCUCGGUGGAUGCGGCCGAUUUUUUCAGAUCCGGAGGAUUCACGCCAACCGAACAAGAGGAAAAAAACAAUAACGUCAACAGCGCCCGUUUCGUUUUCCCUAAAAUUGACGUGCCCGAUCUUCCGCUAAGUCUUCGCAAAAGUCGAUCGAUUCCGCGACCCAUCCAUCCGUCUGCGGAAACAGUAGCCGAGGAUCGCAGUAGUGUCGUCAUCGAACAACUUCCUGGCGAACCGGCCAUCAUUUACAAAGAGCCCACGCGUUUCAAGCAAACGGCCAGCAUUCGAUACACGCUGAAUUAAUUCUUUGUUUUUUGUUUUUUAAUAUAUUAAAUCUUAAAUAAAUUAGAGAAAUCAACGACAAUGAUCGACUGUAGUGCUGUUGUUGUAAAAAUUGUAUUCCGUUUUUGUUUUUUUUAAAUGAUUUAAUAAUACCAUUGAAUAUUGAAACAACAACUUGUCGGAUACAAAAGUUUUAUAUUCCGUGUCAAAAUAAGAUUGGAAUAAAACAAUACAAAACCAAAAAUCUU